AUGAGUAACCCAUUUUAAAUUGUUCCAUCAGAUACUUUUUUGAAUAUAAUAAACCAAAAUAAUUACUCUGUAGUAUAUAUGGAUGAAGAUUAUAGAGCCGAAUAAGAUUGGAUGUUUGAAAACGAUUGUAAUAUUAUGGAAGAAUAGAUAUUGUAAUAAGAACCUAUAAUGCCAGAACGAUCAAAGGCAUUGGUUGGAGGAGAAUUAUUACAAAAAUUUAAAAAAAAUAAAGAUGAAGAGCUCUUAAAAAAAAAUAAAGAAGUUUUUCAAACAAAUUAAUCUAAAAGCUUAUAUCUCAAUAAAAUUCAAUAAUUAAUAGAUAAACCCACUCCAGUUGGCAAACAAAAACAAACGUAAAUAUUGAUUAUUUUUAUAGUCGUUAAAAAGUGAUUGUUGAUAGUGACUCAUCAGAUGGAAAGAAUAGAUUGGUUAAAAAUAGAGAAUCUGCAAGAAAUUCUAGGAAGAGGAAAAUAAUCUAUAUAGAAUUAUUAGAAAAUAAAGUAUAAGAAUUAACAGAAAAAUUACAAUAAUAAGAAUAUGUAGUUUAAUAAAACAAAAUUAAAAAUAUUUAAGUCAUUAAUUAUAUAUUAUUUUAAUUUAGCUUGAGAAUUUCAUUGAAGACUAUCAUAGAUCAAUUACAUAAUUAAAUGAUUUACACUCAAUUAAAUUAUUGCAUGAUAAUUUUGGUGCAACAUCUUAAAGAAGAUGGAUUGUUUGCACUGAAUUAAUAAAUCUAUUAAUUGAAACUACAAUACCUAUUGAAGUUAAAAAAUUGAUGGAAUCAGCUAAAAAAGGAACUGACAUUUUCAUUUAACCUAUAUUUGAACAUAAUCCAUGUUUAAAUUAUAGAGAUUAUUUUAAAUAAGGAAUAAUAGAUUUAGAAUUGUAUUAAUUUAUUUAAAUAAGAGAGCAACAAAAAAUUUUGGUAUAGCUUAUGAUAAAAUAAGAGAAUAAGUAUUUGCUUUAGAAAGAUUGAAAUUGGAAAUUAUUUAAAAAUUAGGGUCAAAUUCUUACAUAGAGUAUUUAAAUUAAUAAUAUUUGUGA